GCGAGCCAAUGAGGGUGCCGCGGAGGCGGGAGAGCGGCCCGGCGGCCCGGCGGCGGCGGAGGAGGAGACCGGCGGGAUGGGGCUGCUGAGCAUCCUGAAGAAGAUGAAGGAGAAGGAACGCGAGGUGCGGCUGUUGAUGCUCGGCCUGGACAAUGCCGGGAAAACGUCCAUCCUGAAAAAGUUCAACGGAGAGGAUAUCGACACCAUCUCCCCGACGCUGGGCUUCAACAUCAAAACUCUGGAGCACAGAGACUUCAAGCUGAACAUCUGGGACGUGGGAGGCCAGAAGUCCCUGCGAUCCUACUGGAGGAACUACUUUGAGAGCACGGACGGCCUGAUCUGGGUGGUGGACAGUGCCGAUCGCCUCCGGCUCGACGACUGCAAGAGAGAGCUGUCCGUGUUGCUCCGGGAGGAGCGACUGGCUGGCGCGACACUCCUGGUGUUUGCCAACAAACAGGAUCUGCCUGGAGCCCUCUCGUCAGAUGCCAUCAAGGAAGCCCUGGACCUAGACAGCAUUCAGACCCACCACUGGUGCAUCCGCGACUGCAGCGCGGUGACGGGGGAGAACCUGCUGGCUGGAAUAGACUGGCUGCUGGACGACAUCUCCUGCCGGAUAUUCACCGCGGACUGAGCCCUCCGCUGCCCCUCACCCCGAAGGACUGCCCCCUCCGAGCCCCCCGUCACGACGGUGGCGCCCACCCUAUUCCGAGGCCUGGAUCGAUGGGAGCAGACUGCCAAGCGCAGCAACUGCAUCGAGUUAUCGAAGUGGAGUUGGGAGGGGGAGGGGGGCAGAGAAAUAAUUAAAUCCCACCUGCAAAGCUCCUUAAUUUUAUGAACCCUCAAUGUUAAAUCCUUUCCUGACAGGACAGUGACGUGAGCAGUGCUCGGUUCAAUGAGGUGUGAAUAUGGCAAGUAAAGUUUGAUCUGCAUGAAGGCGUCCUGUAAACAGAAAGAGCAGGGAAUUCCCUUCUUGUGCAUUUACGUCCUCGCCCUCCCAACGGAGCUCUCUUAAUUGCUCCCUUGUUCCUCCCGCACCUGUGCCCUCCCUCCCUCACUCCCCCCCC